AUGCCAUCUAGUAAUGACGAGAAACCAAAAAAAUACAAGACAACCAUCGGCCAGCAAAAGUCGACAUUUACAGCCUUGGAAAGUUCGUCAGGCAGCCGAAAAAAGUCAACGUCUGCAGUCGUUAGGAGUUCACCGCGUCAACAUAAAAAGUCUUCACUAGGACAACAACCAAAUACAACGCUUGCAGGCCAUCAAAAUCCGACGUCUGACCGACAAAAAUCAACACGUGGUCGUCGAAUGUCCACGCGUGUGCAAAAGACGAGUGCCCCUAUGUUAUCGAUCCCCAGUGUUCAGCUGCAAACGUCGAAGGUAUCGGACCCUCUACAAAAGUCAUCGCGUGGGCAUCGGAUACCGACGACGAGUGUUCAGCAACAAAAGUCGACGUUCAUCCUGAAAAACUCGUCACGUAGACCACAAAAGUCCUCGUCACUUGUCCAACAAAAAUUGUUGCGUGAACAACGAAAGCCAAUGCGUAAUGGUUCCAAUAAAUCCUCAGCAACCACAAAAUUUCCCCUUGAAUAUUAA